AUGCGUUGGAAACCGUUCGUUGCAAAUCGUGUGAGUAAGGUUCAUAAUUUAACAUCACAGUAUUCAUGGUCGUAUAUUAAUACGAAGGAGAACCCGGCUGACAUUUUAUCCAGGGGAUGUGAUGUUCAAGAUAUACAAAAAUGUACAUUGUGGUGGAACGGACCCGCAUGGUUGACGGACGAGCACGCGAGAUGUGAAGAACUCUGUCUAGUACACGAAGAUGAGGAGACACUAUGUGAAGAGCGAAAGCAGUCGAACACAGUAGUAAUGGUCGCUGAAGUAAAGGCAAAUUAUUUUAUACAACUGUGUGAAAAAUAUUCAAAAUUAAAUCGGUUUCAGCGUGUGUUUGCCUAUACAUUGAGGUAUGUGCAUAAUAUUUCAAGUAAAUUAAGAGCAAAAGAAAGAUACUCGGGUCCACUCAGCAAUGACGAGAUCCAAAAAUCGGUAAAAAUAUUUAUUAGGCUCUUACAAAUUCAAUUUUUUGGGGAAGCGCUUCAAAAUAAAAAAUUGCAGUCAUUAAAUCCUUUCACAGUAUAUUGCGUGUGGGUGGCCGACUUGGAAACGCGACAGAUUUAA